AUGAAAAAACUUCAUGUUCAUAAAUAUAUUAAGCUAAUUAAUUUUUUAAAUAAAAAACAAAAAUGUGUUUCUCUUAAUUUUAACAAUGUAAUAAAUAAAGCCCAAAAUAAAGAUAUUCAUAAUUAUCAAAAUUCAAUAAAAAUAGAGGUAUUAAAUAAUGGUGUAGAGCAAAAUGAUAAAAUAAAUAACGACAAUAAAAAUAAUGGUAAAAAUGAUGGUAAAAAUAAUUAUUUCUUUCCAAAUGGAGGAAAAGGAAGAAAGCAUACUUCUUUAUUAACAGACCCGAAAUACAAAAAUAACGAUUUGGUAAUUAAAAUAAAUUACAAAACACAUGAAGAAAUGGGAAAGUUCGAUUCAAUACAAUUUGGAAAAUUAAAAAAUAAUAAUUUAAAAGAGGCUGAAUUUAAAUUGAAAAAAGCUAUUAUGUUUAUGAAUCCUAAUACUAAAAUCGAUUCUGAAUUUUCCAAAAAUGAAUCACAAAAUGCAAAGCAACAAAGACAUGACUGUGAAAAAUACAAGUCAAUGUACAUAAAUAAUAAUAUUGAGAAUUAUUCAAAUGUAAUAAAAAAAAACAGAGUUGACAUAUUUAACAAUUUAGAAAAUGUAAAAAAGUUAAAAUAUUGUGAAUAUUUCGCAAGUAAUAAUAUAAACAGAAAUAACUCUGAAGAAAUCCCCAAAACAGAAAACAUAAAUUGCAUAAAUAAAGAAAUAGAUGAAAAUAAAAUAAAAUCAAAUAAUGUAAAUGGAAAUAAUAAUAAAUAUAAUGAAACAAAUUGUGAAGAAUUUGAAACUUGCGCUAAAGUAAAAAUUACCAAAGAAAAUAUUAUAAAUAUGAAUGAAAUAAAAAAAAUUGAAAAUGAUGAAAAUAUAAAUCAAGAAAAAAAAAUCGAACAUAACGAAAGUGAGAAUAAUAUGAAAAAUGACGAAAUUGGUGAAAAUAGUAUAAAAAAUGACGAAAAUAAUAAAACAAAUGAAAAAACAACAAAAAAAAAUAAUAAAUGUUUAUAUCCCCAUGAAAUAGUAGAAUAUUUAAAUAAAUAUAUAAUAGGACAAUCAGAAGCAAAAAAAGUUGUGGCAAAUGCAUUAAGACAAAGAUGGAGACGAACCCAACUUGAUGACGAUAUGAAAAAAGAUGUAAUUCCUAAAAAUAUAUUAAUGAUAGGACCAACAGGUGUAGGCAAAACUGAAAUUGCUAGAAGAAUAUCUAUGUUUAUAGAUGCACCUUUUAUUAAAGUAGAAGCAACUAAGUUUACAGAAGUUGGUUUUCACGGAAAAGAUGUAGAUCAAAUAAUUAAAGAUUUAGUCGAAAUUGCAGUAAAAAGACAAAAAAGUAAAAUGGAAAAUGAAAUAAAAGAACAAGCAGAAGAAACUGUAGAUAAUAUAAUAUUAUACUCUCUUUUAGGAAAUAGUAUAAAAUAUGAAGAAAAACAAAUUUGGAAAAAAUAUUUAAAAGAAGGAUUAUUAGAUGAUAAAAUUAUAAAUAUUGAUAUACCAAGUUAUAUAAAUAAUAAUAAUAAUAUGUUUACAAAUGAUUCUGUUGAAAAUGCUGUAAAAGAAGCAUUAAGUAAUCAUCAAAAUAUAAAAAGUGUUAAAAUAAUACAUCAAAAUAUGAACAAACAAAAUGAUAAAAGAACAAUGACAAUAAAAGAAGCAAAACAAAAACUAUUACAAAUAGAAAUAGAUUCAUCUAUUAAUCAAGAUGUGAUUCUUAAAACAGCGAUAAAUUCUGUUGAAGAAGAAGGAAUAGUAUUUAUUGAUGAAAUAGAUAAAAUAUGUUCAAAAUCUUCUUCAUCUUAUAAUGGACCAGAUGCAAGUGCUGAAGGAGUUCAGCGCGAUCUGUUACCUUUAAUUGAAGGGUGUGUUAUAAACACAAAAUAUGGAAAUAUAAAUACAAAUUAUAUUUUGUUUAUUGCAUCAGGAGCUUUUCAAAGAGUUAAACCAAAUGAUAUGUUAAAUGAAUUACAAGGAAGGUUGCCUGUGCAUGUAAAUUUAUCAAGUUUAUCUAUACAAGAUUUUAUAGAAAUUUUAACAAAAACACAUAAUAAUUUAUUAAAACAAAAUAUAGCUUUAUUAAAAACAGAAGGUAUUGAUCUUAAUUUUACGGAUGAUGCAAUUGAAUCUAUUGCAAAUGCUGCACAUGAUAUGAAUACACAUAUAGAGAAUAUUGGAGUUCGACGAUUGCACACAAUUAUUGAAAAAAUAAUGGAGGAAAUCAAUUAUGAUGUUCAUAAAAAUGCUAACAAGUCAAUAGUAAUUGAUAAAGAGGUUGUUAAAAAAUCUCUAGAAGGUUUUAUCAAACAGUUUGACUUGAAAAAAUACAUAAUUUAG